AUGGCUUACCCGUGGAUUCACGCUGUCCGCAUUGUUCAGGCACUAUUUGGUGUGAUCGUGAUCGGGUUGACAGGAUAUGUUGUGUCAACAUACUGGUAUGGCUGGGGCUGGUCGGAUACCGUGAACUUCCUCCUCUUCCUCGGCUGUUGGACCGCGUUCGUGGCCGUGCCCUACCUCGCUCUUUCGCCGAUCUUCUUCCCCCGGCUAGCGCACCACUUUGUUAUUCCUGCUGUGGAAGUGAUCACCAUGAUCUUUUGGUUUGCAGGGUUCAUUGCUAUGGGCGCUCAGCUCCCCCCGCCGCGGUACUGUCACUACCAUGUCUGUAGCUCACUCCAGGCGGCAACGGUAUUUGCGGCAUUUGAAUGGGUGCUUUUCGCGGUGACCACCUUCUUUGCCGUUCUUGAUGUGAAGAAUCACCGCCGUAGCGGGGAGAGUGCGAAGACACAUUCCAAUGUGCAUGUUGGGGUUUGA